UAAAGGCUGUGUAUAUAAGGGGCCCCUUCUCUCAACUCCUCGCAGUACCUCUCUCUCUCGUCUCACCUCGUAUAUCUCUUCACACACUCAAAUCUUAUCUCCAGUCCUCCAUCUCUUCACACCAGACAGACUCAUCUCUGCCAACAGUUGUACCAGCAGCUUGAACACAUGACCAUGAACACCAGAAUACUCCUGCUCCUUGCUGUCACCAUCUGUAUCACAGUCGCCCAGCGUCCUGUGAGCCAGCGAUGUUUGUGUCGGAAGGUGCGGAACAGCUUUGGAGCUCCAAACACUGUUGAGGACAUCCAGAUCUAUCCGCCAACUCCCUCCUGUGACCGGCUGGAGAUCAUUGUUAGCCUUAAGAAUGGAGUGCAGUAUUGCCUGGACCCCAGUAUGAAGAAGGUGCAGAGACUUCUCACUCGCCUGAUGAAGAAGUCCUCUCCCCCAACUGUCCCCACUCCAAUUGAGGCCAUCUCUAAUGAGAGAAGCAUUGACUCUGCUGAUAUCUGAUUCCCUGUCUCAGACUCCCUCUACGACUCUAUUUAGCAGGGUUUCCCAAACCCGGUACUGGGGCCCCCACUUGCUGCACGUUUUGAUUUUUGCCCUAGCACUACACAGCUGAUUCAAAUAACCAACUCACAGUCAAGCUUCGAUUAUAUGAUUCAUCUGUGUAGUGCUAGGGCAAAAACAAGUUUGGGAAACCCUGCCACAUUGGACCAGCUUUGACUCACAACAAAUAUGUUUUUAUCCUGUAAAUCCUGUCCCACUCUGAAUGUUUAAGACCAAGUCAAUGUCAAAGCAGUUUAAUGCAGAAGCUUCUUGUUCUAAUUAACUUUAUACUUCUAUUUUGUACUUUUUUUUAAAUUUCAUAUGUCUGUGUUGGGAUGUUAUGCUUUUAUUGUGUUCUGUUUUGCACAGUUGUUGUCUCAAAUUAUUUAAAAUACUUGAAUAAAUCUAUUUUCUCAUGA